CCUCAUGUGCUGUGUGUGUGUGUGUGUGUGUGUGUUUGGGUUAUUCGUGUCUGUUCUCGUAAGUGAUUAUGAAUACAUGCAGCUUAUUUUCACUGCUAAGUCUUCUGCUAUUCUCAAGAGCAGACGCUCUCUACGCUAACGCUUUACUUAACUGCGUGUUCACUUCAACAAAUGAUGUUGUGUAUCUGGGACAACUCUUCAUCAAUAAGGUGCUGUGGGGAGAAUACAACAGCACUGUGGGGAAAUAUGUCGGAUUCACAGAGAAGGGAAGACAAAUCGCAGAAGAGGUCAACAAAAACCCUUCUUUCUUGAAACAAGAAAAAAAGAAUUUAGAGAAAUGCAAGACCCACGUCCCAGUGGCAAUGGAGAUCCUUUCAAAAGCAGUCGAGCCCUCGGUCAGACUGAGAGCAUUUGAUGCAACGGACAGCAAACACCCACGAAUGCUCGUCUGCAGCGUGUACAACUUCUACCCCAAACAAAUCAAUGUGAGAUGGCUGAGAAAUGGAAAGGAGGUGACAUCUGAUGUGACGUCCACUGAGGAACUGCCCAAUGGGAAUUGGCUUUAUCAGAUGCACUCCUACCUAGAGAUGACUCCCAGAGCUGGAGAGAAAAUCGCCUGCAUGGUGGAGCAUGCAAGUUUCCAGAAGCCCAAACUGUAUGAGUGGGGUAAGAGAGUGACAGAAAGUGUGAGGUGUGAUGUUUUAUGUUGGUAAACAGUCUCAUCAAGUUUAGGGAUUAUUUAACCGACUCAGUGGACAGUCAGUUAU